ACUAAUACUUAAAAAAAGGAUGUAGGUGGCGACUGGUGAGUGGUGAGAGUUCGAUACCGUAUCUGUUAUUUCUGUAACUUGAGAGUUCCAACCAUUUCCUCUGCUCGGAAUUUCUGUGCCCUGCUGCACAAAAAUCACCAUAAAUGAAGGGUUAUGGUGCCCUUCUUUCCGCCGCUGCUUCUACUUGCAUCACAACACCAUUCUAUUCCUUCAACAGAAGUAAUAAUAUCACUCUCCUGCAAUUCAAGCCCCCUUCUCCGGCUCUAACCCGCCAAAAACAAUUCCUCUUACUCCAGACCAAGCAGAGAAAUGGAGAUUGUAAUUGUGCCACAUUUUCACUUUGCAGUGGAGCGGAGCCUGCGAGACAUGUUGCUGGUGAUGGUGAUAACUUUAUUGUAGUGAAUUUCUAUUGUUUUGUGUUCAUUAAAGACGCUCAGAGUGAAGUCGUCAAGCAUCUUUCUUUCAUGGAGGGCCUGGAUAUUCGUGGUCGGAUAUAUCUGAGCGAGCAAGGAAUUAAUGCCCAGUACAGUGGGCCAUCAAAAGAUGCUCUUGCUUAUGUUGAUUGGUUGAAGGAAGAUAAUAGAUUCUCUGCCAUCCUUGUCCAGAUAUCUCCUGCACUAAAUCGGCAUGCCUUCCCAAAAUUUAAGUUGCGGUACAAGUCCUCGCUAGUACAGGUUAUGAGUGGGAUAUUGGUCAUUUUCGUGGGGCCCAACGACCUGAUGUUGACUGCUUCAGGAGCACUUCAUUUGGGCUAUCUAAGAGGGAGAUUUCUGCUUCAGAUCCUUUGGCAAAUGUUGAUAAGGAAAAGACCGAUGUACUGAUGUAUUGUACUGGAGGUAUUCGUUGUGACAUAUAUUCUACCCUCCUAAGACAGCGGGGUUUUAAGAACUUGUACACCUUGAAAGGAGGCAUUUCUCAUUAUCUUGAGAAAGAAGGUCCCGCUGAAUGGGUUGGUAAUUUGUUUGUGUUUGACUCCCGCCUUUCGCUCCCACCACCUGCCUAUAACCCAGAAGCAGCUGGUGAAGCCAACAAAAGUCAACAAGAAGCCUUGUUCGCAAGAUGCCAUGUCUGUGGUUCACAAGUUCAGGAGUUGAGACAUCGAAAUUGCGCAAAUCUUGAUUGCAACCUGCUUUUCCUGAAAUCAAAAAGAAGAGUUUUGAACAAGAUGGUAAAAACACUUUGAAGAAUUAAGUUUAUAGUUCUUUUUAAUUGUUAUCUCUUCGUGCUCUUUCCUUUUCUUUUGUGCUUCAUCCUUUCGUCUUUAAAUAAGUAAAGAAAUGUAUUGGUUGGCACAUGUAAACAGCUUUUUUGGAACACAUGGACGAUAAGUUUCAUUUUAUUUUCAAAUGUAUCAAAUAGGAUAUUUAUUUAAAAAUAAGUUUUGAUGUUUCGAAUAAGUUCGAAUACUUAAACAUAUUUUAUGAAUUUCACUUGAAUCAACGGAUUUGGAAGGACGGAAAUUAGAGUACAAUGCACAUUACUUCUUUGCCUUUUUUCCCUCUUAAGUUCUGAAGUUCAUUUCUCAAUUUUGUAAAAUCUGACAGAAAUUGAAGCGCACCUGUUGAAUUCCAUAUAGAAAUCUUUGUGGCUCUAAAAUUGGAAUGGAAACAUAAACCCGAGAAUAUGCAAGCAUAUGACCUACAGUUUUUUUAUUUCCAAAAAGUGAUGCGUUUUCAAGUUGAACCGAACUCAUCUGCUCCUUUCUC